UGUCAGCGGUCCAUAGAGCCAACCCACCCAUUAAAAAUAACAGAUUUAAGACUUGAGAUUUACUAAACGAUUUCCGUAGACCUAUUACGUUUAAGCGUUCGACAAUAUUUGUUUACCAAAUGGCGUUGUAUAUUUAGUUAGUACAUCGUGACGUAGAAAGAACAUUACUAAUGUGCCAACAGAGUUUUGUAAGGUUGUUGUAACAUUUUGUUCGGAGGAAGUGACAUUUCCCACAGCCAGUUUGGUUUACGUGCAGCAAUUUUGUGAUAUCGGAAGCAAAAGGUUUUGGGUGUCGCAAUGGAAUCGGAACAUCAGCCUAAGCUGAGUCCUGUGAGGGCCUUCCAAGUGCUUCACGGCUGCAACCCUGAGCCUGAGGAGCUGUACACCAGCCUCUCUGAGUACCACGAUUACGAGCCGAGCUUAGAGUUCGAUGAUUCGGAACUUAUUCAAACUUCAGGCCUUGCGCCUCUCCCGCCCGAGCUGCUGGAUAUUCCUGACGAUCUCCCCAGCGAUGGUACCAUAGAAGAGAACUUUGAAGAGGAGCUGGCGACGGCCCCUGAAGUAUAUGCAGAGAUCUCGUCGUCGGCAGAGGAUUGCUUCGCGGAGCUGAACGGCACUGGUCUCGUGGAAGUGGUGGGGGAUGACGAGGUGGGCAGGCGUAUCAUAGUGGUGUCGGCCUGCAGGCUGCCCCCCAGCAAGGACUUGCACCCUGAUAAAUUACUUAGGUACCUGAUGUUUACACUAGACAAAUACGUGGAACAAGACUACAGCGUGGUAUACUUGCACUGCGGCCUCACAAGCAAAAACAAACCGCCUCUAUCUUGGCUGUGGAAGGCCUACAAGGCUUUCGAUAGAAAAUACAAGAAGAAUCUAAAAGCUUUAUACUUAGUACAUCCAACGAAUUUCAUUCGCAUAGUAUGGCAGAUGCUGAAGCCGGCGAUUAGCGUCAAGUUUGGAAGGAAAAUGAUGUACGUCAAUUACUUGCAUGAGCUGCAGCAGUAUAUGAAUCUGGAUAAGCUGUGCAUACCUGACGCCGUCCUUGAGUAUGAUAAAUUGUUGCUGUCCAAGAACCCCAGGGCCGCGGAGUCGGCCCGUCAGAACACAGUUCCUACGGAAACGUCACCAGUAGCGAAGUACAAAAAGAAACCGAAGAGCAGCCUGUCUCCGCCCCCUACGCAGCAGUUCGGCGUCUCACUGGCGUUUAUAAAAGAGAACAAUACAAACAUGGUCGGAGCUAUCCCUCCGGUCGUACGGCAGUGUGUCGAGUUCCUGUCACAGCCCGAUGCUUUAGAAACGGAGGGCAUAUUCCGUCGCUCGGCGAACAUGUCGGUCAUCAAGGAGUUACAACGUGCCUGCAACAGGGGCGAGCCUCUGAGGUUCAGGAAUGACCCUCAUAACGCUGCGGUGCUUCUAAAGACCUUCUUCCGCGACCUGGAGGAACCAUUGCUCACCUUCGACUUGUAUGACGAGAUUAUGGAUUUCCAGAACUGGUCCGCCCGAGACAAGCCGAGAAAAGUGAAGAUUUUGAUCCUCGAGCGACUGCCGUUAGACAACUACAAGUUGUUGAAAUACGUGUUCCAGUUCUUAUGGAAGGUUCAAGAUAGGAGUUGUCUGAACAAAAUGACGACAAAUAACCUCGCAGUGGUCUUCGGGCCCAACUUGGCUUGGCCCCCGAAUGGCCAGAUGUCGCUACUGUCCAUAGCUCCUAUCAACAACUUUACAGAUUUCCUCUUAGCACAUCAGGAGUCCAUAUUCAUCAUCUAAACACUUCUAUCAAACAAUGCCUGUAACAUUGUCUGUAUGCAAACAUAGAUGUGAAUAUUUGAGAAAUGUUGAAUUAGAAAUGCCAAAUUUUUGUUAGAACCUUAAACGGUAGGCUAUGUUAACUUGACAUUCUGCUGUACACAGCUGUACUUUAUUUAUUUAUACGCUAAACUUGAAAAUCGGAUUUACACAAUAGUUUUGGUAAUUUUCAUUUUUUUUGCUUAUUGUUUAUAUAUUUGCAUAAUAUAUAUGCAUAAUGUUUGUGUUUAUAUGUGAAAUGUAUUUCUUGUUGCGACUUUUCAAUAUAUGUAAUUUUUGAAAGACGCUUAUUAAUGAUGCAUGUGCCAGUUAGCUUUGACCCCCUCCAAUCAAAAAUAGAAAAAAAAUAUGAGUGAUUUCAUAAAUCACUACUAGUCACUUAAUCCGACUCAGUGUCAGCAAUAUUAAACUGCUUCCUUGACAAUCGCUAUGAAAUACUGCUUUUGCUUUUUACUACCAAUAAUAAUACAAAUACACAACUUUAUAUUCUUCUAUAGAGUACUCUCUACUACUUUACUAAUCUAUGUAAAAAAAUAUCGUAAACUAUGCAUAAUAUUUGGUAAACCAAAAUAAUAAUAAAAAAACAUGUUAAAGAGCUGUUAAUUUGCACAAAUAUUAAUAAAUAUGCAAUUCAAUAAAUCUAUUGCAUUCUACUAUGGGUAGAAAUUAUAUAAUGUCCAUAAAGAAUCAAUGUCAAUGCAAUAUUCAUAACGACUGGAUAAAUAACAGUGCGCUUUCAUUUACGCUAUUUAGGGAACGGGGUGAAUCGAUAAAACUUAACCUCGAUUGCGUAUACUUUUAAUCGAUUACCGCUUAUUAACGUUGUGUGCAAAACGCUUGACCUUUCACGAAGACAUGUAAUUGACUAAUUAAAGCUUCUAGCUCGAUAUUAUUUAUGCUAUAAUUAUUAUAAAAGUUGCAACUUCAUGACUUACUAUAAAACUGAUGAUAGUGUAGACUGCAUGCAAAGGAACACAGGUUCACGCACAAGUUAUACAUGCGUUAUUAGCGGCUGGGAUGUACAAAUUUUGUUUUCAAUUGUUGUAAGAUUCGAUAAAAUUCUAUUGUCCGAGAGGUAGCGUUGCAAAUACGAAAGUCAGAGCUAGUUGAUAUGUAAAAAAUGUGACAUCUUAAAUUUUACUUAUAGAAACUAGACGUAAUAGUGCUGAAAACAGACGCAAGGAAUAAAUAGUUUUCCCAAAGUAAAGUUCAGCUGUUCGCAUUCACUUUUAAAGAAACUUGAUGUGCUAAAAUAACGUUAGAAGCGACAGAAAAAGUGUAGAAUCGACACAGCAGAGGUAGACUUCUGGACCAUAUUAGCACCACCAUAAAUGCAAUGGGCUCAAGAUCUUUCUAUGGCAUCUCUAAAUCCGAACAAGUGGUAACGAAGAGUUUUCAUGCAGUCUCUUACCAAUUCUUCUCCAAGAGACCAACUCCUUGGAACCGUGCAACUAGCUUGACUUUUCAUAAGAACUUGGACGAAUUUAUGGAUUGGCGUAAAACACUACCUUCGCACCGCCUCCCGGACUAUGACCUGCGUUUAAAUUACAUAUAAUCGAGGUUCAAUAUUAUGUUACGGAUUCAUUUCAUUGAAAGGCACGAGGAACAUAAAGGUUCGUUACAAUUUCCACGGCAGAAGAUUUCUUUUCAAAUGUUUAGCUUUAUAAAAUACACUGGCUAGAUAAAAAUGAGGUUUGCAUACUUAAUGCCUUCUUUUCACGGUUCAGAAUAGUAUAUGUUCUUAGACCAGCAUGAUUGGUGGUCACGUAUACCUUUGUCAAAAUUAAAUAUUCUCAUAAUGUAACUUGGCAUUCAAAUAAAUCAUUCCUUUUUUAUUACGUAUUGUUUACACGUAAUUUCCGGCACUUGUAUGCGGCAUUUAUCUACAACCGUUUGCGUUUAUUCCAAACUUUAAAAUUUAAUGGGAGGUUUUCUUUUUGAGGAUUUAAAAAGCAAUAGUUUUUUAAAACUCGUUAGAUGACGUUUUACCUGCUACUGGGCUUUAGCCAAAACGCCAAGACUUCUGCACAAAUUGUUCUCAAAAUCUCUUGGUACGGACUACGGAAAGAAUUUUGUUAUAAGGCCUCAAAAUUAUGACAUUGCUAAGAUAUGAUCCUUGCAGUAACGUACCAAGAACAGCGCCAUCUAACCAGCAGCUAGGUAAAUAAUUUUAAAAAAAAUAAAAUCUCUCAUUCAUAUGGGAUGAUCAGUUUGUUAUUUGGUAAGAAAAUCUUUUUCUUUGACUCGAAGUGUUACACUUGAUAAAUGCCGAGGAAAAAUGGUUUUGUUGCUAAAUUAUUUCGCAAAUUGCAAUGGACUGAUAGAAAUUAAUGGAUCUGAAGAUACAGGACUGUGGUCGUGUAGAUGUAGGAUGGAAUUCUUACGGGCUACAAUUCUGAGUAAACCUUCUAUAUCUCAUUGACAAUACAAGUGGUUGAUCCCACAACUAUGUAUAUUUAAACAUUUUAACAGAUAUUGGUACAUUGACGAUUGUAGCCCGUAUGAUCUUAUUAAAUAUCAAAGUUUAUACAACUUUUGAUAUUGUCUUCUUGUACUUUGUCUUGUAGUAUAAUAAAUGAUAAAAAUGAUUUUAAUAUGUAAAAUAAUAUGACUAUUAACACAUAAUGUACCUUACCUAUGUUUGUAUGGGGUUGAUGGGGUAAAUUAAAUCUAGUGUCCCAUUGAUGUAGACAUUAAGUUUAUCUGAAGUAGAUUUAUAAUAAGUUAUUAUUCUUUAAUUAUGUUAUCUGAUUGAGGUUUGCAAACCCGUAAGGCCAUGUUCACACUAUGUCGUUAGGGUUGUAUUAUUGUUCACCUGUUUCCAUAAUCAAGACUUGAUAUACAACUGAUAUCUGUCCGUUCACGUACUAAUCUUAACUAAUAUUUGAUAUUUUGUGUGCAGAAGCUAUUGGUGCACUUUUAUAACUUGAUAAUUACUAGCAAUUACAAUAAUAUCGGUCUUUAUGGCAAAGUGGGAAUAUGGGCUUAAGCAAAGUACCUGUAGUGUGUUCAAUGCAAUGUAGGCGUAUGAAGUGACUUUUUGAACGCACUGUACUAAGAUAAGUGUUAUUUAAGGUACGGGUGUGAAGCCGACUGCAGCAAACGACAUGUCGAAGUGCUAUGUCACCACUGGACAUGUCAAACAUGAGUAUUCCAGCGUUGGUAUCCAGUGACAUACGGUGACCGACGUAUUUGAGAACAGUCGGUGGCAAUACGAUACCCUUAUUUAACUGGUGACCCUUGUAAUACGUUUUUUUUGACUGUGUGCAAUUUGUCGGAUUAUAAUAAACUCCUUCAAAAGUAUGCUGAUUAUAAGGAGGUUUAGGGCUUCUUAUAGUUCCAGAAACCAGUCUUGCAAGGACAUGUCGCUUGCUGCAGUUACGCGUCCCUCGUACCUUUAUCAAGGCUUACUUCGCGAAGGAUAACAUAUGGAAAUUAUAAUUAAAUAGAAUUAAUAUUAAGAUUGUAUACCAAAAAUAACAAAGAGUAGUGGUUAUAUAGUUUUAAAAACACAUCUUUAUUAGUAAAUCAACAACGUUAUGUAUGUAACGGUAUCAUAGGUGUUUAGGGCCUCUUUAUUAAUAUUUCAUUGGUUAGUAUUUUAUUAUUUAAAACCAGUACAUGUGUGCUACGUAGGAUGUAAUCUCUUCUGCAAUUUGAUCUGUUUGAGAUUUUUUUUAUGUAAGUUCAAAGAAUUUUGUGGAAACGGUAAGAAGAGUAGAAUUAUUACUGGAAAGGUUUAUAUUUUAUUUCUUUAUUGUUCAGAUCAAUCAGAUAAUUAACAUUAGGUAUUAAAAUAUAAUUUAUAGAAUAUGAAUAUUUAUAGAAAUGGUUUCACGAAUUCGCACUCAAUGUUGAUAUCAAAUAUUAUAUACAAAAUAUAUGCAGGUAAAAUGUUGUUUGAUAAGUAAUGUAAUAAAUAACAAUUCAGAAUGUUUUAUACUGCAUAUGAUGAAAAUAACGUUUUUGCAUAUGAAUAGUAUGUAGUUGAUAUAAACGUGACAAGUUGACCGGGGUUCAUUAUGCAAUAAUGCCCUGACUGGAGCAUAAUCUUUCUAUUAAGCCAGUUAACUCGCCAAUUUGUGACUCCGAUGCAAGCUUGUAAUAUUUUCGAAUUAUUAUUCUGUAUCGGUUUUGAUUUCCAAGCAAUUUAUUAUCUUCGUUAAACUACCAGAUAAUAGGGCACUACUUCCUAUGCUAAAUGUUUGCACAAUUAAAUUGACGACAAAAAAUAUCUGCCUAGUAGUUUUGGAAAUAAAUUGCAACAUCCUGUAGCAUUAUGGAUAAGAAUAUGGAUUUUAUACUGUUUUCAGCGUGCAUAUCUAUGUGCUAUCCAUAUAUAUGUAUCUAUGUCUUGAUAUAAAACAAAUCAAAAGCUGAAAAACCGUGCCAUUGUUAAAAAGUAGCAUAAUAAUGAUUAUACAAGUCACAAAAUAUAUCACGUUAUAUAAAGUAAUAAAGAAUAUUGUCAAAUAAUGUGCCCGUAAAUUAGAUAUGUAUUGAAAUUUAUAUCGACUACUCAUGUUGUAAAUAGAAAAUUAAUAGAUUUAUCAAUAGUUUGUAAUUGUUUCCGUGAAAUGUCGGAAGAUGGCGCUUUGUCUAAUGACAAGCGAAGUGGGUCGGCGUGUGAGUCAGACUCGCAUCGGACCGGUUUGUCGAGCACAAUUAUUUAAAAAAUGAAAGUAACUGUACGUCAUAAACAUCGGAGCAAGCUUACAGUUAUUACUAUCGAGAUACCGCCAUACAUACAGAUGAACAAUAACCCCAUUUCGGGUUAAGUAUUAUUUUAAAACGCGUUUAAAAUACCGCGUUUAUAUAUAUGUACAUGUAUAUUUAAUUAUAAUAUUAGUUAUCAUUCCAUGAGGAAACUAUCUUUUUGUUGUAUAAAACAACGAAAUUAUUUAGCACUUGAAAGUAAAUUUAUGUGUAACCGGAAAGGGUAUUUAUAAUGGCCUGUUUUGCUACGUGUUAACAUUCGGUUAUUACUUGUCUAUCAGAUAAGUUCAUAACGUUAAAUACUGAAUUUAUUUGGUAUUUGAAGCACGCCUGCUAAAGGCCCUUAGCUAAUAAAAAUCUAAUAGAUGGUGUUUAUUUCGUUGGAUUAUUUCUAUAGCUUUAUGAAAGCUAUAGGCUUACUAAUAAAAUUGUAUAGUAUACAACUGAAAAAAAAUGUUCAAACUUUUUCACAUUUAUAACAGACCUACCUAUCUAAACAUUCCUUUUGUGCAACUUUAUAUCCGUACCACUAUACAUAAAAGGUUUCAUAAAAUUAUAUAGGCAAAUCAUCAUUGACUCUAUACAGUUUUUAUUAUAGAAGUACCUAUUGUCUAAAAUCUAUCUUUUCUUUAAUUUAGACGUAGUUUUGUAUUUUUAGAGUUAAUUGUUUAAAUAUUAAUAUAUAACUGUUAACAAAAUAAAACACUGUAAUAACUUGAAUAAAAAAUACAUAGUACCAA